AUGUCCGGCCACCGUUGGCAAACGACGGAAGAAAUUGGUCAGAUGUACCAACGCACCAAGCACCGCCAGGCCACACCAGCAGCCAUGCUUGUGUCCCUGACCGUCGGCAAGGUCGACGCCGGUGUCACGGUGCUUUUGACGCCCGACAAGCGCCUCAUCGAGUUCCCUUCCAUCCUCCUGCCGCCCAACAUUUCCUCGGGUAGCAUCGUCGACAUCAACGUCUCGCAAAACGCGGCCAAGGAGUCGGCCGAGGAGGCCAAGUUCCGCGCGCUGCAGGAGCGCAUCCACGCGUCGUUUGGGGCCGCCGAGCCGGCGACGCCCGUGCUACGGUGCCGCAACGCGACGCAGACGUCGGUCGUGCUUGAGUGGGAGCCCAUUGAGCUCGCGACGGCGGACCUGACCUCGCUGACGCUGUACCGCAACGGGCAAAAGGCGGGCCACAUACCGCGGCCGCUGCAGAUGCACAGCACCAAGAUUAGCGGCCUGGCCGUCGACACCGAGUACACUUUUCACCUGGUGCUGCGCACGAGCGCCGGCACGCGCACGAGUGACAAGGUGGCGGUCCGCACGCACAAGAUGACGGACCUGGGCGGCAUCACAAUCACCACGGGGUUCCUGCCCGCGUCGGCCAAGCAGGCGCUGGCCGAGGCGGUCGAGCGCAUCGGCGCCAAGAUUGUGGACGGCGUGCGCAUCGACACGACGCACUUUGUCACGACCGAGGGGCGCGGCACCGCGUGGGAAAAGGCCGUGGAGAAUAACAUACCCGUCGUAAGGCCAGAGUGGGUAGACGCCUGCGAGAAGAAUGGCCGCAUCCUCGGCGUCACCAAGUUUUACCUCGACGCCAUGCGGCCCGGACCCCCGAGCGAGGCGACGCCCACGCCCACGCCGCCACCCGCCCAAAAGAAUCAGCCGCCGCCGCCUCCGCCGCCGAAUGAGGACGGCGCUUCCAAAAAGGACGAGGAUGACGAGGACGAGGAUGAGAGCGUGAUUGAAGGCCAGGAGGAUGCACGAGAUCGCAAUGAGCACCCAGCCGAGGACGAGGAUGACGACGACGACGAAGAGGAAAAGGAAAAGCAGGGAGAAACGCCGGAGCCAAAAGUCCGUCGUCCGUCGCACGAUGAGGAGCAAAAGAUGCGACGCGAGGACAAGGACGACCAGAAACUGGCGCAUCACCACCGGCCUUCGGGCAGCAGGGCGUCUUUGGCGGCGGCAGAGGAGAAGAAAAAGAAGAAGAAGCCGCAGGAUGACGAGGCUGGGGACGGCGAGGAUGACGACGAUGAGGAGGAAGAAGAGGAGGCAAGAGAGGGUAAAGAGGCUAAGAAGCCUGCCUCGACGGCCGAUGGGGAUUCAUUUCAGGAGGUGCAGCUAUAA